AUGAACAGCACGGAACUGUUUCUGAAAGACUCGAACACAACGGACGCUAAAUGGUGGAUUGGCUGGCAGGGAAGAGGAGGUACUCAUCGCCAAGGGGGUGCCUACAGAAGAGAAGAUAUUGAAGGCAGUGGAGAAGGUCCUGGCGGAUACCCACCAUGCCCUCCACCUCAUCAUGGAAGACGACCAUGGGGUCCAGGGUACGGGCAUGGGCCUCACCGAGGAGGCUUCCCAUAUUGGGGGCCCGGAGAACGAGGAGGGGAGCAUCCACGGAGAGGAAUGAAUGGUUAUGAUAGACGACGAGGACCAAACAAUUCCACAAAUUCUGGAGGACCGUGGCACUAG